AUGUACCGCGCCGGCCCCGCGGAGCAGCGGGACUUCCUGCCCCUGGAGACGACCAACAACAACAACAACCACCACCAGCCCGCGGCCUGGGCCCGCCGGGCAGCCGCGGGGCCCUCGGCGGCGGCGGCGGCCCCGGCCCCGGCGUCCGCGUCCCCGGCGCCAGCCUCGGCCGCCGGCCCCGCCGCGGAGCCCGCCGGGGACCCGGCCUCCGGCGGCGGCAGCAACAAGCGGAAGCGCGACAACAAGGCCAGCACCUACGGACUCAACUACAGCCUGCUGCAGCCCGGCGCGGCGCGGCCCGGCGCGGGCGGCCGGCCGGACGGCGGCGCCCACAGCGGGACCCCCUGGAAGCGGAGGAACUACCACCAGGGCGUUGUGGGCCUGCACGAGGAGAUCAGUGACUUCUACGAGUACAUGUCGCCGCGGCCGGAGGAGGAGAAGAUGCGGAUGGAGGUGGUGAACCGGAUCGAGAGCGUCAUCAAGGAGCUCUGGCCCAGCGCCGACGUGCAGAUAUUUGGGAGUUUCAAAACCGGCCUGUAUUUACCCACCAGCGACAUCGACCUGGUGGUGUUUGGCAAGUGGGAGAACCUGCCGCUCUGGACGCUGGAGGAGGCGCUCCGCAAGCACAAGGUCGCCGACGAGGACUCGGUGAAGGUCCUGGACAAAGCCACCGUGCCCAUCAUCAAGCUCACCGACUCCUUCACGGAGGUGAAGGUGGACAUUAGCUUCAACGUGCAGAACGGCGUGCGGGCGGCCGACCUCAUCAAGGACUUCACCAAGAAGUACCCGGUGCUGCCGUACCUGGUCCUGGUGCUGAAACAGUUCCUCCUGCAGCGGGACCUCAACGAGGUCUUCACCGGGGGCAUCGGCUCCUACAGCCUCUUCCUCAUGGCCGUCAGCUUCCUGCAGUUGCAUCCCAGGGAAGAUGCUUGCAUCCCCAAUACAAACUAUGGUGUUCUCUUAAUAGAGUUUUUUGAAUUAUAUGGACGGCACUUCAAUUAUUUAAAGACCGGCAUCCGGAUAAAGGAUGGCGGCUCAUAUGUGGCCAAAGACGAAGCUCAGAGGAGCCUGCUGGAGGGCUGCAGGCCGUCGAUGCUCUACAUCGAGGACCCGCUGCAGCCAGGCAACGACGUUGGGCGCAGCUCGUACGGGGCCAUGCAGGUGAAGCAGGCCUUCGACUACGCCUACGUGGUGCUGAGCCAUGCCGUGUCGCCCAUCGCCAAGCACUACCCCAACAGCGAGACCGAGAGCAUCCUGGGCAGGAUCAUCAGGGUGACGGACGAGGUCGCCACGUACCGGGACUGGAUCUCCAAGCAGUGGGGCCGGCAGAGCGGGCCCGAGCCCGCGUGCAACGGACACGGGGUCACCCUGGUGGUGGGGCCCCCGCCGCUGGAGACGAGUGCCCGGGGCCCGCCUGGCGAGCACGACGCCCUGGGCAAGAGCAGGAGCAAGGCGGCCGAGCCGCUCAGCAAGCACUCGUCCAACUCCUCGUCCGGCCCCGUGUCCUCCUCGUCCGCCACGCAGUCCAGCUCCAGUGACGUGGACUCGGACGCGACGCCAUGCAAGACGCCGAAGCAGCUGCUGUGCCGUCCGCCCGCCGGGAGCCGCGUGGGGGCGCAAGAGGUGGCUGCGGAGCCCGCGCCGGCGGGAGGGAAGGCGCAGGGCGCCCCGGCCCCCGCCACGCCCAGCAGCGCCAGCAAGUCCCAGCACGGACCCGCCCGGCUCUUCCGCUCUGCCAGCAGAGGCUUCCAAGGUACCGCUCCCGGCGGCCACGGCGGCCUGGCGGCCGGCAAGCCGCACCCCGGCAAACCCACUAACCCGUGUUUCCGCGGCAAGCGGAGGAAGCACAAGAGGGACGCCCCCCUCGCCGACCUCUGUAGGUAG